AUGAAGGCAGUCCGAGGCAGAAUGAACGAGGAGCGGGGAUCGGAAAUAGGAGCAGGCUGUGUCAAACCGGGCAAGCAGGCGGAUCAGGCAACCAAGGGCAGCGGGCAGGGACAAAAUGUGGAUGGAUGCAGGGAGAACCCUACAAUCUGCGGCUCAAACGCAAACUGCAGCAACACCGCUGGCAGCUUCACCUGCGAGUGUAAGGAGGGAUUCAUUCCCAGCCCGGGGCUGGAAUGGAAGCUGGGAGUCACCACCUGUACAGGUGUGACAGAGGGCUUAAAUACAGCAGAAUGUGAGGGUAAAUCAGUGGAGCAGUGUAAACUGGACUCUGUGGUUAAUCUGCUAGACAACAGCAGCUCACUGGUGCUUCCACCCACAACAGUGGAAACACUGCUGAAUGCGACCCUGCAUGCUGUGGAUGUGCUGUCUGUGAGGGAGGGUGAGGACAGAGACAAGCUGAGAGAUACCAUGCUGGAGGUCACAGAGAAGCUGGCGUCAGCGCUGGUGAAGCCCACACAACACCAGAGCUUUGCCAGCGUCAAUACCACACAAAUAGAGGUGCAAACGUUUGCCAUCGGGCCAGAAACCAACCUGACAGACACACCUCAGCUGAAAUCGAGAAACAACCUUUUGGAAAUUGAUCUGCUUGGAAUUGCUAAGAACAACAAUGGAUCUGGAGCUGUGGUCUUCAUAGCCUACGCCAACAUGGAGGAUGUGCUGAAGGCUGACUUCUUCCACACGGAAACAGAGACCAACAAGAACAUGAUGUCCAAUGUCGUCUCUGCCUCCCUCCCCAAUACCAAAAACCCAACAUUGCUCAAACCAGUCAACUUUACCCUGAGACACCUAAAGCCUCCCUCCCUUUCUCGGCAGGUGGACCCUGGGGGUAAUCUCACCUGUGUGUACUGGAAUCAGAGCAGGUGGAUUGUGGAUGGCUGUGAGGCCACAAAGAUCAAUUCCAAUCACACUGUGUGCACCUGCAACCACCUGUCCACCUUCGCCCUCAUCAUGCAGACGGACAGAUCACCUGAGGAUGACAUCAUCUUGAAGUGGAUCAGCAUGAUUGCAGUGUCAGUGGGGCUGCUGUUUCUGGCCCUGGCCAUCCUGACCUUCAUCCUCUUUCGCUGGAACCCUAAAGUCAGCAACACAGCACGCCUGAACAUCUCCAUCUGCCUCUUCCUGGCCCACCUGCUCUUCCUGCUGGUGCAGAGUUUCCUCUCUCACAUCCAGAAGCACAAGCUGGUGUGUGCAGUGAUCUCGGGCGUGCUGCACUUCCUCUUCCUGUCCAGCUUUGUGUGGAUGUUCCUGGAGGCUCUGCAGCUCUUCCUGUUGGUGCGCAACCUGAGAGAGGUCAGGAUUAUACAGAGGGAGGGAAUCCACUGGGGCUUCCUGCUGCUGAUUGGCUACGGCGCCCCCUGCCUGGUGGUGGGUGUGUCUGCAGGAGUGGUUCCCGAAGGAUACGGCAGUGACCAGUGCUGGCUGAAGACUGAUGAAGGCUUCAUCUGGUCUUUUCUGGGGCCAGUGUGUUUUCUCCUUGCAGUGAAUGUCAUCCUCUUUACUACCAUCACUGGAUACCUGUGGUUUGCCCUGGCUGGCCGGGACAAGGAAAUCUCUCAACUGAAAGACACCAGGAUGAUGGUGGUAAAAAUACUAUUCCAGUUCAUCAUUCUUGGUUGCUCCUGGAUGUUCGGCUUCUUUGUGAAUAACAGCAAGGUGCUGGAGUAUCUCUUCCUGCUUAUAACCUCCCAGCAGGGCACAUUCAUCUUCCUGGUGCACUGCGUCUUCAGAAAAGAGGUUCAGGAAUGGUACAGGAAGUGGUGGAAGAUCCUGUGCAGCUCCAGAGAUGCCUCUGACUCCUCUAACUCCUCCAAGACAUUCACAACUUUCUCGAGCAUCACAGGUUCCUUACGGCCUGGCUUCUGCACCUUUGGCCUUACAGAAGAUAAUGGCUACCAUCCUACAGGGCCAAACUACUUGGAUGACCUGAUAGUCUAUGGUGCCACCGCUGCUGAACACCACCAGAACCUUAGCGCUGUACUACAGAAACUAAAAGAGUCUGGCCUGGUGCUCAACAACAACAAAUGUCACUUCAGAAAGCCUUCCCAGCACUUCCUGGGUCAUGUCAUCACUGCAGAUGGCAUCUGUCCAGACCAAGAUCACUUUGACGCCAUCCUGAAAGCCCCACCUCCAUCUGAUGCUGCUACUCUUAGAUCCUUUCUGGGUCUGGUGGCCUGGUACUCGAAGUUCCUCCCCAACAGCCGUGGCCCCCAUACAACUACACAGCUGAUUGCCUGUCACGUCAUCCCUUGCCUGUUCCAGCUGACUCCACUACAGCUGUGGAACCAGAACUGGUCUCGCAGAUCUCCGCAACACUAA